CUACUUAUACAGAACAACAACAACAUUUCCUAAAGUCGUCGUGUUCAGUCGAGAAACUUUCUCCGCGUCAGGAAUUUUUUUUCCGUGUGUGUAGUUUUCAGAAACACGCGAGUUUGUGUUUAGGAAAGUAAUGUAAAUAAAGUGUACGUGUAUUAAUGCGCGUCAGAAUUGAAAACUCAGCUGUGCGUACAUCACUAGAUUACAUCUCUGAGACCACAUUGAGCGUGUGUAAGGCAUAUUCACUUAUAUUUUCGCCUUCAGCAAACAACCAUGAAGUUUCAAUACAAAGAAGAGCAUCCUUUUGAGAAGAGGCGAUCAGAGGGAGAGAAGAUCAGGAAGAAAUACCCAGACAGGGUGCCUGUAAUUGUGGAAAAAGCUCCUAAAGCCAGAAUAGGCGACCUAGACAAGAAGAAAUAUCUUGUCCCAUCUGAUCUGACAGUGGGCCAGUUUUACUUUCUCAUCCGAAAACGAAUUCACCUGAGAGCUGAGGAUGCACUCUUCUUCUUCGUAAACAAUGUCAUUCCCCCUACCUCUGCCACCAUGGGCCAGCUAUACCAGGAGCAUCAUGAAGAAGAUUUCUUCCUUUACAUUGCCUACAGUGACGAGAGUGUGUAUGGAGAAUAGAGCCAAAGGGGAACAUAACCCCACCCCUCUCUCUCUUCCUCAUAAAACAAUAUAUAGGCAUCAUGCCUAGAGUUGUCAGAACUGAAGUAUCAGAUGCACUUUUGCUUUCAUUUUAUCAUAUUUCUUUUUCACGCCCCCCCACCAUCAUCUUUAAUUUUUCGUGGUUCUUACACAGUGGUAGCAAAACUGAUAGACUCUAGCCCUAAUACAAUGAAAAAUCCAUUUUGCCAUUGAUAUACUCUUAAGUGCAUGCUUAUUCUGCCAUUUAAGUUGAUUUAACACACCCAUGAUAUACAGACCUUUCAGAGUAAACUCAUUUGAAAUGUUUCUGACCGUACAAAGAAUGUUACAACAUUUCUAACUAGCAUGUCCAAUACUCGCAGGCUUGUCAGCUGAAAAAAAAUCACUAAAGUGACUGAAGUGUAUUCUGUUUCCGCUUAUUCUGAUUAUUGUAUUGUAUUACCUAGAAGAGUUUAGAUGACUUGAUGUAUGGUGAAGUUGUAAAUCUCAAGUGCAAGUUUUUGUUUUUAGUUUUAGUUUUUUUUGGUAUUCAGCUGUAUUUCUGGUACUCUUUAUGAUGACCAUAUAAAUCAAUUGCA